AUGAUCCGUCCUGCAAUGAAUUCGUUGUCUGAUUUUAUAGAUUUUACCAGUGUAUGGGUGACUGAAGGUUUUGCAAGGGAUGAUGUGCCCACAAAUGGAUAUGAAUGUUUUACAAUUAAUCAGUCCCCUGAUUCUAUAACUAAAUUUGUUCCUGUACAAUCUACACUAUAUACAGCUACAUUGAAAUGUACGCCUUCCAGUUCUCCCGGAGGCAAUUAUAUUCACUGGUAUAUACAGAAACCAAACAAAGAACUGAAAAGAAUUCUCUAUACUUUGGAUGAGAAUGCUGUCUAUGAUUCUGGAUAUAAUAAUGAAAAAUUUGUCACUGGAAAAAAAAAUUCAGAGUAUUCUUUAACAGUAAAGAAAUUAAAUAUUGAAGAUUCCGGAACCUAUUACUGUGCAGUACUUCAAUACUUCCAGAAGACACAAUGCAUCAAGUUGAAAAUUGUAUUAGAAAUACAGUUUUUGCUAAGAAAAUCACCACUGUGCAAGGAUGCCAGUGUGAAACGAUUUGGAACUGGGACAAAACUUUCUGUGAUUAGCAGCCAGAGCGUUUCAGAACCCAAGGCAACCAUACUGAGUUCGUCCGAGAAAGAAGUACAGAAGACAGGCAAACUUAUAUACAUGUGUGUAAUACAGAACUUUUACCCAGAUGUUAUCAAGGUGGUCUGGAACAAAGAAGGAAAUACAGCUGAUUUAGCGGCAGAACAAGGAGAUAUAGUGUUGGAUGAUCAACUUAAAACCUACUCAUUAACAAGCUGGAUCACAGUAGACAAAGCUGACUACGGCAAGAGAUUUUCCUGCAAGUACAAGCAUGAAGGAGUUACUAGCGCUUCUCAAUGGGGAUCAACAUCUAUUGGAGAAGGAAAAGCAAAGAAAAGCAUCGAUGUUGACGAUCAAUCGGAAAGUUGUCCUAACAGAAAUAACAGUUAUUUUGAAAACGUACUUUUGAAACCAACAACGUACCAGGCUGCUUACAUCACCUACACUCUAUUGCUCCUAAAGAGUGUUUUGUAUUGCCCUAUCCUGGUCUUGACGUACAAGUUUGCAGCGUGAUUUGUUUUCUCCUUAUGAAGACAAAAGCAAAUACAAACCAUUUAAUAUGAUUACUUGCUGAAAUGAGUAAGAAUGCUUAGGUUAUUUUGAAUGUAUAGCUUUUAUUGCAAUACCUAAAUUGGCAAUAUUUUUUUUUUAAACUUUCCACUGUAGAUUAAAAUAUCUAAUGAGCUGCAUGAAUAAGUAGUAAAUUUGUCUGUAUUCCUAAUGCUACAGCCCUGAUGCCCCUUAUCGAUUAGGCUCAC